AUGGCUUCCACACCACCGCCGCCAUCACCCUCUGCACUUCGAGUUCCUCGCGCUCCGCGCCAUGGGCCCAAGCUCGACGACUACGAGCCCUAUCCCACUCGUUAUUCUACUAGACUUGCAAGCCAGCGCAUAGCAAGGGCCGCUCACACUACUCCGCCUCCAAGUCUCUCAAAUCCUUCUGCGAAAUCAGGAGCGCCUAAAAGAACGCUUUCGCCCACUUCGCCUGAGACUGUGAAACCUUCGUCUAAAAAGGCAGCACAAAGUCAUGCAUCUUCUUCCUCUCGCAUCUCUUCUUCCAACUCUGCUCCUUCAAUUUCCCGCACUUCUUCACACCAACCUUCUCGUUCAUCAGCAGAACGUGCUUUACCCACUCCUGUGAAAACUCCUUCAAGAAAGAAGGAUAUUCCUUCUGGAGCUGCCACCCCUCGUACUCUUUUCCCUCCAAGUGCAACCUCCAAGCGCAGAAAGAUGGACACUCACAAGCAGGCAGACGAAGUUCGUCCCAUCUCCAAAAAAUUUCAGGUUUAUUCUGAUGAGAUUCAGGAGGACAAACCUGCUACUGCUCCGGGUGGCAUUGCCAUCCACACUGAUUCGCGCGAUCGCAUCCCUGUGCCUGAUGAAGUACUCAAACUAUUCGCCAAGAAACCUGAAACCUCUGGCACUGGACGAGCGACUCGAUCGACCCCUGCGCGGAGGGAAAUAACCCCUGAUGGCGCUUGGUAUCUCUGUCGUGGAAAUCCAAUCUUCAAGCGCUUCGAUGACAUGGAAGAGUCUGAUGACGAUGAAUCUGAUCUUGGCCUGUUCGCCAAUCGCCCGGAUCUUCUGGAAAAGAACCCGGACUGUCUGAAGGACAUCAAGUCGCUCAAACGUAGCGAAAUCAAACCGAGGAUGCUCUUUGCUCGCUCGGAUCCUCCAGCUUAUCCCCCACAUGGCAACCCCAAUGUCAUCAACACCAACACCAACACUGCUCCUCCUCAUGACGCCGAGGAAGAUGUCACCGAUGUGGAGGAAAACGAGGCCGAUCCCUUUGAUGUUAACCCAGAGAGCGACGACUGUGUUCCCGGUGUCACCCCUCAAGGAUCCCUUUACAAUGGCACUCCCUUCACAUGCGACUUGCUUGAUGAAACCCCUGUGGGUAACGGCACCCUUCUCCGUUGGUUGAGAUCCUCCCGGCAGAAGCAUGAUCGUGACCAGGAAACUCCCGCUGAGCGCCUGAAGCGCCAUCGAGAAACCCGUGGCAGUCCUAAUCCCCGCACCCGCACUCGAGCCCGCACACGGAUGGCCCACCGCGCUGAAGCUGAAGUUGAGGGUCUUGAUGCCCGGAUCCCCGCCGAGAGUUCUACUGAUGCAUAA